AUGGGAGCAACAGGAACUGGAAAAUCCCAUCUCUCUGUUGACCUUGCCACCCAUUUUCGAGGAGAAAUAAUCAACUCGGACAAUAUGCAAAUAUAUAAGGGACUUGAUAUUGUUACAAACAAGAUCAGACACACGGAGAAACAAGGUGAAAUUGAGCCAGAUUCCGAUUUCACAACUGAAGAUUUUUGUUUGCAAGCUAUUGUCUACAUAGAAAAUAUUUUGAAGACUCAACGUGUUCAAAUUAUUGUUGGAGGGUCAAUUUCGUAUAUUGAAAAACUUGUGGAAGACCCUGUGUUCAUAUUCAAAUAUAAGUAUGAUACUUGCUUUAUUUGGAUUGAUGUAGAACAAUCAGUCUUGAAUCGUAGAGGUGACAUGAGGGUUGAUGAAAUGGUCAAUGCAAGGCUAGUGGAUAAGGUGUGGCAGAUUUUCAUUCCAUAUGCAGAUUACACCAAAGGAAUCCAAUGGUCAAUUGGUGUCCCCGAAAUGGACAUAUAUUUAAGAGAAGAAACCAAUAUAGACGAAGAUGAUGAAUCAAAGAAGACGAUUCUUCAAUCGUCAAUUGUGAAUAUCAAGCACACUAAAAUGAAUACUUUUAUCAACAAUAACAAGUUCAACAAGAAGAAAGUGGUGUUCAUAAUGGGAGCAACAGGAAGAGGAAAAUCCCGUCUCUCUGUUGACCUUGCAACCCAUUUUCGAGGAGAAGUAAUCAACUCGGACAAAAUGCAAACUCAACGUGUUCCAAUUAUUGUUGGAGGGUCAAAUUCGUAUAUUGAAAAACUUUUGGAAGACCCUGUGUUCAUGUUCAAAUAUAAGUAUUAUACUUGCUUUAUUUGGAUUGAUGUAAAGCAAUCAGUCUUGAACCGUAGAGUUGACAUAAGGGUUGAUGAAAUGGUCAAUGCAGGGUUAGUGGAGGAGGUGCGGCAGAUUUAUAUUUCAGAUACAUAUUACACCAAAGGAAUCCGACGGUCCAUUGGUGUCCCUGAAAUGGACAGAUAUUUAAGAGAAGAAACCAUUAUAGACGAAGAUGAUGAAUCAAUGAAGACGAUUCUUCAAUCGUCAACUGCGAAUAUCAAGCGUAAUACUCAUUUAUUAAUUUGUCACCAGCUUGACAAAAUUCAACUCUUAAUAAAUGAGAAAAUGUGGUUGGUGCAUCAUAUUGUUGCUACUGAUGUUUUAAAAGGAGAUAGAGAAGAAGUUGUUGACGAAAGAACCAGGGCAUAUGAGGAGGAAAUUAGUGAGGUUGUGGAGGCCGGAGAAAUGGUAAUGCAGAUAGAGGAGUAG